CUGCCACCCGAUGUUAUUAAAAAAGUAUUGAUGCUUAAUCGAGAAUCGUUUUGAAUCGAGUACCGAUUCUAAAUCGAAUCGUCACCCCAAGAAUCGAAUUGAAUCGAAUUGAAUCGAAUUGAAUCGAAUGAUUGACACCCAAAGAUUGACACCCGCACAAAUAUGCGCUGGCACACGACACGCACGCAUGCGCGCAAACACGCACACGCGCACACAUGCGGCAAACACACACACACCCUACCCACGCACACACACACAGACGCUCUAAAUCACGCACACACGCACGCAAGUGCCCUCGUGGGAGGCGGUAUCAAGUUGCAUCACAAGCUCCACUUUCCUCCGCCAUCUCUUCUAUUUUGGCGCCGCGUGUUCACGUCACCUCGGUCCACGUCGUGUCACCCGAGACACUUCAUCGGACCCGCGCCGCCGCGAGCGUGUCUAGACUCCCACUGACACCGUAAGCGAGUGGACCCGCUCAGAACGGCGGAGGAAGGGGGGCAGGCAGGUGGUCCUCGGGGGGGGCGCCAGCAGCAGACUCUGUGGAUCUGCUGGAGGUCUCCACGCGCUCAGUGGACAAAAGUUAGGACACCCCUGGGGUUAAAUGAUCACGUCAGCCAGAAGAGUGUCUCCUGAUACACCUGAAGUCCGGAUCUCCUUCAGCCUUGACGGCACAUCAGAUGCACAAAAUGCGGAUGAACUCUCUCAGACUUUCCCAGAUGUGGAACAGCGACUGCAGCCGGUGGCGCCGUGCGUGUCCCUGAAAGAGAGCGUGCACGUGUACAAGGAACACUGCAGGAUGGCCCGGGAGUUCCACCAAGUCAAGCACGACAUCGCCGUUCUGGAGGAACGCAAGUGUCGGCUGCUGGCCGAGCUGGUGGAGGACGAGAAGGUGGCCCUGGAGAUCGCCCGCCUGGAGGAGGAGUCCCGCCGCCUGGCGGAGGAGAACCGCACGCUGGUGACGGCCCACGAGGAGCGCGCCCGGCAGCUGCGGAGGCUGGGCGUGGGCGGGUGGAGGAGGCCCGACGACUCCUCGUGACCUUUAACCCCCCCCCGCGCCCCCGGGAGAUUCCGACCCCGACAUCCGGCAGAGAAACUGUUCGAGCCGCACGCUGGCUGAUAUUUGUGUUUGAAGCGGCGCCCGCGGUGUCGUGACGAGGUCCCGACGUCCUCGCGGAAUUUACACUUCACUUCUUUCAAAGGCUCAUUUCGGCAAAAACAUAAGAGUUCCACUGCAAAAUUUCAAGUCUUUUUAUACCGAAUAAAAAGAAAAACCGUACCACUGCUUUUUUUUACAGCAGAAGUUAGCUUCCAUUUUCAAAUUUCCAGUCGUUUUUUUUUUUAGUGUUACUGAAAUUUUUGCAACGACAUCGCUUUUAUUUUGAAGGAUACAAUUGGCAACUCGGCUGCCUUUUUUUUUUUUUUUUUUUUUACCAUUAAUUCUAUAAUUUAACAGCGAAUUAUUGUAAAAUCAGAAGAAAAAAAACAGUACCACUGUUAUUUUUAUGGUAAAAUGCUGGUGAUUGAGCUGACGAUUUUUUUUU